AUGGAGGAGUACCACCAACCAGAGGUGCAGCUGCCGAUGGCUGGCCAGAACAGCGGCACACAUGCCCCGGUAACCGGAUCCCAAGAAAGAGGCCAGUGGGGCAGCAAGAUGGAGUAUAUCCUAGCAGUAGCAGGAAACAUCAUUGGCUUGAGUAACGUUUGGAGAUUCCCGUACCUCUGCUACAAGAAUGGGGGAGGGGCAUUCUUCAUCCCAUACGUUCUGUUCCUGUUCACCUGUGGCAUCCCCCUCUUCCUGCUGGAGACCGCCCUGGGCCAGUACACCAGCCAAGGGGGCAUCACCUGCUGGAGAAAGAUCUGCCCUCUCUUUGAGGGAGUGGGAUACGCAGGUCAGGUUGUUGUGUUGUACACCAGUAUUUACUACAUCGUCAUCCUGGCCUGGGCCUUGCUAUACCUUGUCUUCUCCUUCAGCUCUGAGCUCCCCUGGGCCACAUGUCAUAACUACUGGAACACAGAAUCCUGUGUUCCACUGAGCCACAAUAUCACUGACCAGAUGCUGGACAAAGCCACCUCCCCCGUGGUGGAAUUCUGGGAGAGGAGGGUGCUAGGGUUGUCUUCAGGGAUAGGAGAGAUGGGCACUGUGCGGUGGGACCUAUCUCUGUGUCUCCUGGUCUGCUGGAUCAUCUGUUAUUUCUGCGUCUGGAAGGGUGUGAGGUCUACUGGAAAGGUGGUGUACUUCACAGCCACCUUCCCCUACGUCAUGCUGGCAGUGCUGCUGGUUCGGGGACUCACACUUCCUGGAGCAAAGGAUGGCGUUUUGUUCUAUCUGUACCCUGAUCCCACUCGACUCGCCGAUCCUCAGGUAUGGGUGGAUGCAGGGACACAGAUUUUGUACUCUUAUGGCGUCUGCACAGGCUGUCUAAUGGCUCUAGGCAGUUACAACAAGUAUAGCAACAACUGCUACAAAGAUUGCAUGUAUCUCUGCCUGCUGAACAGUGGCACCAGUUUUAUUGCCGGCUUUGCCAUCUUCUCGGUUCUGGGCUACAUGGCCCACGAACAGGGCGUGGACAUCUCUGUGGUGGCGGAGUCAGGUCCUGGCUUGGCGUUCAUCGCGUACCCCCGUGCAGUGGCCAAGAUGCCUGUGCCCCAGCUGUGGGCCGUCUUCUUCUUCAUCAUGCUCAUCGUGCUGGGUCUGGAUACUGAGUUUGUAUGCCACGAGUCUUUGGUCACCGCCAUCUCAGACAUGUACCCCAACUUCUUCCAAUUUGGCCACCGGCGCAAGAUUCUCCUCCUCAUCCUCAGUGUGGGAUCCUUCUUCAUCGGCCUGGUCAUGAUUACGGAAGGUGGACUUUAUGUGUUCCAGCUGUUUGAUUACUAUGCCUGCAGUGGGAUGACCCUACUGGUCUUCGCUAUCCUGGAGUCAGUCUGUAUUGGUUGGGUGUACGGCGGCUCCCGUAUGCAUGACAACAUUGCAGACAUGAUUGGCUACCGGCCUUGGCCCUUUGUGCGCUACGGUUGGAUCUACUUAACCCCACUGGUGUGCAUGGGCACCUUCAUCUUCUCCCUGUUUAAGUACACCCCCCUCAUGCUCAACAACAUCUAUGAGUACCCCUGGUGGGGCUAUGCUAUUGGCGGCUUCUUCACCCUCUCCUCCACACUCCUGGUGCCACUCUGGAUGAUCUACGCCAUGGCCGUCACUCCAGGGAGCAUUUGGCAGAGGGUUCGGACACUGUGCACCCCCGCAGAUGACCUGCCACGUCCCGGCUCACAAAAGAAUAGCUCAGCCGCGUUUGAGAGUUUCACGGAGCUGUGCACCCUCCGUCCCAGCCGGACGCCCUCUGUCCACGCUUCUGAACGGGGGCCCUUUUAACCUGAAGAGUGUGAGGCCAGUGGGCAAAGUCUACAGCUGCUGCACUGUAAAGACGCCAAACUUCGAGUUUUUGUUCAUACGAUAUGAUUGCCUCUGGUUGAACAUUUAUUUGAUACUGCAUUUUUAUCUAUGAAUGUAAAUAUAUUUUUCAUAUGAA